AUGACUCUACAAGCUGAUUCCAUUGAUUCAAGUGCUUCUAAUAGUAGUAGAAACGAGAACAAUAAUUUGAGGAUGAGUAUUAGUGAGGAUGAGAGUGCUAUGUCGGAUCUACAUGAAUCAAAGAGAUCACAUAAGGAUAGCAAUAAAGGCGGUGGUGGUGAUGAUGGUGAACCCACUAGAAAGAAAUCUAAAAGUAAUGGCAGUUUAAAUGUUAGGAUGGUUAAACUGCCGCAGUUUAAUCUACAAAAAUUUUGUUAUAGACAUAAUCCCGACGUUCAGUCAUCUCCAACACAUACUGAUUGCUAUAAGCAGGACCUGCAACGAUUUAAACAAGUUAAUGAUGAAAUUUCCAAACUGUCGUCUGCACAACAGAGUGAAGUUCACCAUGUUGUUUCUACAUAUACCAAAUCCAAUGAUAAAAUGAGAAAGUUGAUUUUAGAUGGAAUACUUACAGGCAGUUGCUUCCCGCAACUGUCGUACGUGGCGUCAGAAGUACAGAGAAUGAUCAAGAUUGAUUUUAUUAGCACGUUACCGAUCGAGUUGUCGUUAAAGAUCCUCUGUUACCUGGAUUGUCAGUCGCUUUGCAAUGCCGCAAGAGUUUGUAGAGGAUGGCAAGUUCUGGCAAACGAUGACAAAGUUUGGUAUCGAAUGUGUGAACAACACAUUGAUCGUAAGUGUCCAAAUUGUGGUUGGGGGCUGCCGCUUUUGCAUAUGAAGCGAGCAAGAGCACCACAGCAGAGUGAUUGCGGAGGGAAAGUUACAACGCCAUGGAAAGUUAUCUAUAGAGAUAGAUUCAAAGUGGAAUCGAAUUGGAGAAAAGGAACAUGUUUGAUAAAGGAGUUCAAGGGCCAUAUGGAUGGUGUAUUAGCAUUGCAAUUUAAUACGAGGUAUCUUUUCACCGGCUCUUACGACUCGACAAUUGCCAUAUGGGAUCUUUGCACCGGCAGAUUGGUCAGAAGGCUCUCAAGUCAUACCGACGGUGUCAAGGCCCUUUAUUUUGAUGAUCAAAAGUUAAUAACGGGAUCCCUGGAUAAAACCAUUAGAGUUUGGAAUUAUCUGACGGGUGAAUGCAUUUCCACUUAUAGAGGUCAUACGGACAGUGUACUAAGUGUGGAUUCCUACAAAAAGAUAAUUGUAUCAGGUAGUGCCGACAAGACAGUUAAAGUUUGGCACGUAGAAUCAAGAACGUGUUAUUCAUUGAGAGGUCAUACAGAAUGGGUUAACUGCGUGAAGCUUCACCCAAAGAGUUUCCUUUGUUUUAGUUGUUCUGACGACACCACAAUCCGUAUGUGGGAUAUCAGGACUAAUGUUUGCCUGAAGGUCUUUAGAGGGCAUCUGGGGCAAGUGCAGAAAGUAGUUCCGCUAACCAUUAUUGAUUCGGAGAAUUUGGUCGUAGACGACAAGGCAGAAGACGACGGAGAGGAACAAGGAGACGACGAAAAUGCACAGGAUGUACUUACCGAGAAUUUACCAUAUCCAACACAUCUGCUAUCGUGCUCCUUGGAUAAUACCAUUAAGUUAUGGGAUAUAAAGAAGGGCCGUUGUAUAAGGACUCAGUUCGGUCACGUGGAGGGUGUAUGGGACCUCGCUGCAGACAAUUUCCGUAUUGUAAGUGGGUCCCAUGACGGUAAAGUUAAGGUUUGGGACUUACAGAGUGGGAAAUGCAUUCAUACUUUCCAAGGUAAAUCCCUUGAACAGAGAUCAGACGGUACGGAACCUGCUGUCCAUAAAGUGGCCCCUAUUGCCUGUGUAGGUAUCGGAGACUCGGAAUUCUUUAGCGGUGAUGAGUUGGGUUACGUAAAAAUGUACAAAUUUGAUGAGGAUUAA